UUGGGGGAAGGGCGAUGCUGCCUUGUUCUGUAGUGAUAAAAGGGAGUGAUUUGCAAGUAAAAGAAGAAGGAAGGACAAGAAGAAAAGGAAUGUAAGAGUAAAACAUAACGUUUCUCUUUACCCAGCCUCUUCACUCAAUAAGCCCCCACCUACAAAGGCACUAAGAUCUAAAUGCAGGAAAAAUAAGGUGUUGUGUGUCUCUGCAGUGCUGCAUUGCCCUGUCAAGGAAGAGCCAGGAAGUUGCUUAGGUGGAGGAAGGUUUUGAGCCACAAUGUGGUGAAGCACCAGCCUUUCCUUUCCAUUCUUUACGUGCUCAAGCUGCUGGCAAGCACAGCUGUGCUAAGGUGGGAGUGGGAAAAGCAGAGCUGUUGGAGAGAGCUUGUUUAGGUUGUGUCUGUGCCAAGGAGUGUGUUUGAACAGAGUCCCCUGGGGCAUGAACUGCUGAACACCAGGCUCGGCCUGGCAGGAGCGAGUGGCAGAGGCAGGGCUGGAUUCCAUAACACGGGAUUGGCACAUCAGCCUUGGCGGGUGAUACGUGCCUGGGGCAGAGGUAAAACUCCACACAGAGCUGAGUUACAGUCUCUGUUACAGUCUCUGAGUUACAACUCUCUGUUUCCCAGACACAAACAGGGAUGGCAGGAGCCCAGGGGAAGGACACGGGGGGUUAGUGCUGGUAGAGCAGCCCAGGGGGGGGAGUUUGCUGAGUCAGCAACUCCUCUGAGCUGGAAGAAAAAUUAUUCCUGCCCCCUGCCAGCACUUCAUGCAGAUCCAAAAUACAGUUCCCAGAACUGUCCCUACAUAUGUUAGCAAGAAGGCAACUGUCUGCGUAUUUUGCUGCAAGAAAGUAUGGCAACUGAUGCGGCACUGACUGCUGAGCCUGGGUAAUGGAUGUCCUGAAGGGAAUGCUGUGAAGUACAGCGCUGAGGGGCUUAAUCUGCCGGCUGCCAGGGAGCAGCUUGUGCUUCCUGUCUCCGAGGGAGCUUGCAGACAAGACCCAGGACUGGAAGCAGGCAGAAUACCAGCCGCAGGGCUGGGGUCAUGUGGUGCAGUGCCCUUCCUUACAGCAUCCUCACUGCGGGAACAGCGAGCCGGGAAAACUACAGUUCCCAUCACCCUUUUGUGCAUGUCCCUGCGAAACUACAGUUCCCAGAACCUUUUAAUGAGCCAGAGAGGAUGACUGUGGAAAUAAAUGCCGACGAUAUUUGCAUAACACCCUGCACCUCCGGCGUGCUGACUGUCCCAUGAUCUUUGAAAACGGGAACAGGGGAAAAGUCAGGAAGUGUCAGCGCUGUGGAGCUGUGGCUUUGCCCACCCCAAUAUCCGCAGUGAUAUCCUCCAGCACCGAGCAACCUUCCUCCUCUCAGGACUCCCUUGGUAGUCACAGGGAAGAUCCUGCUCCCCGGGAAACACGUAAACUACAGAUCCCGGCAUUCUCCGACAGGCAGCACCUGCGGCAGUCCCUGCACGCCGUGGGGGAGGUGGGGGUGAGGAUGAGGAUGGAGGGCAGAGAGGAGAUGCAGGGCGCCGUGGGGCUACGCUGCACCUGGGACAUUCCGCCGCCCGCUGGCACCCAGGCCAAGUGGGUGAGGCUCAAUGUGGGGGGCACCGUCUUCCUCACCACCAGGCAGACCCUGUGUCGGGAGCAGAAAUCUUUCCUGUGUCGCUUGUGCCAGGGCGAGGAGCUGCAGUCGGACCGGGAUGAAACUGGUGCAUACCUAAUAGAUCGGGACCCCACUUACUUUGGACCGAUUCUGAAUUUCCUCCGUCAUGGGAAGCUGGUCUUGGAUAAAGAUAUGGCUGAAGAGGGCAUCCUUGAAGAAGCUGAGUUCUAUAACAUUGGUCCUUUGAUCCGAAUAAUCAAGGAUCGAAUGGAGGAGAAGGACUACACAGUAGCACAGGUGCCUCCUAAGCAUGUCUACCGUGUGCUGCAGUGCCAGGAAGAGGAGCUCACUCAGAUGGUUUCCACUAUGUCAGAUGGAUGGCGCUUCGAGCAGCUUGUGAACAUUGGCUCAUCCUAUAAUUAUGGGAAUGAGGAUCAGACAGAAUUCCUAUGCGUGGUCUCCAAGGAGUUGUACAACUCUCCCAAUGGCGUGGGCUCUGAGCCCAGCCACAAAGCCAAGAACACAGAGGAGGACCUGGAGGAGGAAGAGCAGGAGGUGGAGGAGGAGGCAGAGGCAGAAGCAGAAGCAGAGGAGAAAGACCGUCCAUCUAUUCGGGAUUGUGCUAAACUCUCUUCCUGUGGACCCUCCCUCCUGCUCCCUUCCGUGUCCAUCCCAGCACUGUCAUCUACCUCCCACAUUGCCCCACUCGCCAGCCUCCAGCAUCCUUCCCUCUGCUCUCUCUGUCUCUCAGGGCUCAGAGUGGUCUCUGCCCAGGGCCCUGUCUCUCUCUGCUCCUCACUUUUCCUCCUCUGCAGGUAUGUUACCUGUCUGCACUCCCAGCUCCUGCCAGCCUGAGCUCUGCAUGAGUGACUCACUUCCCUCUUGUGGGUAUGGCCCUGGUUUGUAGAGCUUGGGGAGGGGAAGGAGGGAGGUGUGAGGUUGACUCAUCCCUAAGGUGGCUUUACAUAUUCUGAUCCUAAGCGUGCCUUUACCUGCCAAGCAGAUCCUAUGCCUGUGGACCAGAGGCUCUGGCAGCAGAAAGGAGAGUGCAGCUGGGAGAGGGGUGGAAAUGAAUACAAAGCAGGCAGGGGUGGUUCAGGGAAGGGGUGGAAUUUUGCCACGUGUCUGCGUGACAUGCAUGCCAGAUCGCUUCUCCAGACUGCCGUCCGCAGCUCCUUUGCCUGCCAGCCCGGGCAGUUUGCAGAAGACAGUCUGUUAUUUUUUCCUUCCCUGGGCUUUUCCCCCUUGGCUCUGCCCAGGGUGAGAGUGCAGUAGGAAAGGUGGCAAAGGCAGAGCAGAAGCAGCUGGUCCCCACUGCAGAUGUUCUCACAGCUGUGUGCAAAAUGAGGCUCUCUGCUCUGCCUCCUGCUUAGGAAGGCUGGCUGGCCGACAUGCCUGGGGCUGGGUACGGAAAGCGUUAGAAGGAGGAUUCCUCUCCAUACUGCAGAACUGUGAGGCUCUUGUUAAACCAGAGAUGCUCGGUGUCAAUCUCCACUGGUCCUGGUGGAGGGCACUUGUUAGCUGGCUGACAUUUCUCUCUCCCUCUGUUUGAAAGCCUCCUUGUCUGUGGCUGUGGGACCCGAGUGUUACUAUCUUAAGACUCUGUGUAUGUUAAUCACAUGGACUUUUUCUUCCUUCUGUUUUCCCACCCUCAUUUCUUUUCUUUUUCUUCUGUUUGUGUUUCCUCUGUCAUUUCCCCUUUUCUGUUUCUCUCCUCCAUGCUCAGUUGCCUUUUUUUUUCCCUGUCACUGAUUGUGUUUCUCUUUCUCUCUCCUUCUCUAGCUGUUACAAGCCAGAGAUCUGAGGAUGUGAUCUGAACACUCCACUCCAGCCUUUUCAAUUUUUGUUUAUAUCUUUAUUUUUGUACUGCAGUGUAUGGCAGCCCCUUCUCCCGCAGUGAUGCCCCCAGCCCCCUUCACUCUUCACAUGCAGCCAUUUGUUUUACAAACUCACUUCGGAGGCCUGAGCUUCCAGCCCUGGAGGAGGGCAGAUGCUCCAUGGAGCCCCUGAGCUGCUGUAGGAGUGGGAGCCCGCAGCCCCCUCCUAUGCCUGGCAAUCUGGCUUUCCUUAAUGUCACAGUGGCCCCUGGUGGGGACAUCAGCGAUCAGCCACUGCAGCCUGCGGUCCCUUCCUGAGCACCCUGGAUGCAAAUGCGGGCCGAGGUGGUGGCGGCUGUGGAAAGACCAGCCCUUGCCCUUUCACUGUUGCAGGCAACUGGUGUGGGCUUGUGGCCUGGGGACAAAUGCAGAGCUACCGUCCUUUUCUGGGCCGCCUGUAUCACUCGGAGGUGUCCCUGUGCUGGGGUAUCACGUUCCUUGGUGCCUCCCUCCUUGUCCCCCCCAAAGCAGCUCUGUGCCAGCAGUGUGAGGAGGAGAAUGUUGUGCUGCCUGGGUACCAGGAAUAUGCUGGUACCUGGUGCUGUGUCAGCCAGCACCAAGCAGAUCCCAGUUUUGGGGAGCGGGGUGUUUGCUUCGCUGCUGUGUCUGAAGACUCCUGAAUAAAAUUCACAGUCUGUUCCUC